AUGAAUAACCAGAACCUCCACGGGCGCAGUGGUGGUCCGCCGUACGAUCGCGAUCGCGAAAUGGACGACCGACACCGCGCCAUGCAGCAGCACGAAGAUAUGCGCCGUGACCAAGAGCGAGAGAGAGAACGCGAACGCGACCGGGAGAGAGAACAAGCCGAUCGGUACCAGCAGGGUCCUGGGGUGCCUCAUCAGAGCAGCGCUGGCUCCAUCCCGAUUCACCAGCCUGUGGCAUCGCGGAUCCCGGGUGCUAUACACAGUCCGGGGGGUCUGCUUGCGAAUCAUAGUGGCAACCCGCCGCCGCCUGGUGCUUCUCUGGGCGCGCCGUCGGGGCCUGUCAAUUUUGGGGGUCCCCUCCAGCAGAGCGGUGCUGCGUCUCAACAGCAUCAGAUGUAUGCGCCGAUUGGGCAUUCGCAAGCUCCUCCGAGUGCUGGGCAGCCGGCCCCGGCUUCGGCUGCGGGAUUUGGCGGCCCUCAGGCACAGCAGCAGCCUGGACAGCAGGAUCGCGGAGCGGCAGCUAAGGGAGCUGCGGCGAUUGUAGGCGUGACGCCUGGCGGACAUCAGAUUCCGGGGGGGAUCACACAGGGCCAGCAGCCGAUUCUUAAUGAUGCGUUAACCUACUUGGACCAAGUCAAGGUCCAGUUUCACGACCAGCCCGAUGUUUAUAACAGGUUCUUGGACAUUAUGAAAGAUUUCAAGAGUCAAGCCAUUGAUACACCGGGCGUCAUUAACCGGGUCUCGGAGCUGUUUGCUGGGCAUCCUAACCUCAUUCAGGGCUUCAACACCUUUCUGCCUCCCGGCUACAGGAUUGAGUGCGGCGCCGGAAACGAUCCAAACACGAUUCGAGUGACAACUCCGAUGGGCACUACCGUACAGUCCAUAGCUGGACGUGGUCAGGGAGAACAUGGUGGCCCUGGUAUGAGCCAGCCUCUAUUUCCAGAGCGCGGCAGUCAAUGGCAGCAACAGCAGCCGCCGCAAUCACAACAACAGCAGCAGCAGCAACGCUCGCAACAUAGCAUUGAGAGCCCCGAGGCGAACUUUAGCACGCCUGUACAAAACGGAGCCAGUCUCUUUGUUCAGGCCGCAGCCCAAAGCGGCGCGUUUGAUGCCCCUGGCUCUUCGCAAAGAAAUGCGGCUCAGGGGCAACCUGGUGCUGCCAACGCGCCCGGGUCAAGACAGACCCCAGGUCCAACAUCAGGACCGGGAGGAGCCAAUGUUGGCGCAGGCAACCAAGCCAACAUGGAGCGCCGCGGUCCUGUUGAGUUCAAUCACGCCAUUAGUUAUGUCAACAAAAUCAAGAACCGCUUUCAGGAUAAGCCCGAGAUCUACAAACAAUUCCUCGAGAUACUCCAAACUUAUCAGCGGGAACAGAAGCCUAUUCAGGAUGUGUACGCUCAGGUCACAACUCUGUUCAAUGCUGCGCCAGACCUGCUUGAAGACUUCAAACAGUUCCUACCCGAGUCUGCGGGACAGGCCAAGGCGACUCCCGGCCGUGGUGAUGAUGGCGCUCCUGCUGGGCCAAGUCACACCCCCCAGCCUGGCGGGCAAAAGAUGCCUCCGCUGGGCAGCUUUGCGCCUCCGCCCAGCGCCAGCAAGGACAAUAAGAAAAGACCUCGCGGUGACAAGCAGGCUGCUGUUGCUGAAGCGGCCCUUCCCGAGACAAAUGCUGUGAAUCGACUUCAACAAAGCGUUGUUAAUGGCACCGGCAAGCGAACAAAAGUCAGUCAUGCCAGGGCUACCGGAGAUCCUUCAACUAUCGAACCUACGCUCACUCCGGUUAUGCCUGAGCCGUAUCCCCCUCGUCCAUCUGCCACGUCCAACCAGGAAGAAAUCGCCUUCUUCGAACGGGUGAAGAAAUUCCUCAGCAACCGAUCGUCGAUGAACGAGUUUUUGAAGCUUUGCAAUCUUUUCAGCCAGGGGAUCAUUGACCGAAAUACUCUGUUCCACAAGGGCGCUCUGUUCAUCGGAGCCAACCCAGACCUGAUGACGUUUUGGAAGACGUUUGUUGGCGUGGACUCUCAGGAUGUCGUCAUUGAGAAUCAGCCAGCACCUCCCACGGAGAAGCUGUCGCUCAGUAAUUGCCGAGGAUACGGCCCUAGCUACAGACUUCUUCCCAAGAGAGAGCGCUUGAAGCCCUGCAGUGGCCGCGACGAGCUGUGCCACUCGGUUCUCAAUGACCAGUGGGCGUCCCACCCAACCUGGGCUAGUGAGGAUUCUGGCUUUGUAGCUCACCGUAAGAACCAGUUCGAAGAGGGCCUUCACAGGAUUGAAGAGGAACGCCAUGAUUAUGACUUCAACAUCGAGGCCAAUCUUAAGUGUAUUCAGCUUCUGGAACCGAUUGCGCAGCAGAUGCUUGCCAUGUCAGCCGCGGAGAGAGAGUCUUUCCAUAUGCCUGCGGCACUUGCUGGCCAAAGCACGUCAAUAUUCAAGAGAAUCUGUAAGAAGAUUUACGGUGAGAGGGGUAUCGAUGUCGUCAAUGACAUGUACAGCCACCCCUUUGACGUGGUGCCAGUCCUGCUGGCCCGCAUGAGACAGAAGGACGAGGAGUGGCGCUUCUCGCAGCGCGAAUGGGAGAAGGUCUGGCAUGCGCAGACGGAGAACAUGCACCUCAAGAGCCUGGAUCACAUGGGCAUCCUCGUCAAAUCUACCGACAAGCGGAACCUCACUGCCAAGCACCUGGUUGAUGUCAUCAAGACCAAGCAUGAGGAGCAGCGCCGUGAACGUGCUCUCAAAGGCAAGGCUCCUCGUCACCAGUUGGUUUGGGACUUUAACAACAAGCAGGUCAUUCUGCAGCUGCUCCGCCUGAUGAUGCUCUACAGCAUGCACAACGGACAGCACAGCACUCAGGAGAAGGAGAGAAUUUUGGACUUUUUUGAGACGUUCGUCCCAGCAUUCUUUGACCUUCCGGAAGAGAUGUAUCAGGACAAGCUACCGAAAAUGCAACCAGAUUCCGGCGAAGAUGAUAACGAGGACUCUACUCCUGCUGAGCUGACGAACGGACGAAGCCGCCGUAAUGGCAAGAAAGGGGACCUACUUAGGGGAGUAUUGGACCCCGUGCGCAACGGCAGCAAGCCUCGCAGCCAGAAGGAAGAUAGUGCCGCCUCUGGAAGCAAGGAGACCACUCCUGAUGUCACGUCGGCCAAUGAGGAGGAGAUGGGCGAUGCGCCCGAGGAGGCUGCCGUGCCAGAAGUCUCAAAUGAGCGGUGGAUGCCAACCAUCCCUAAGCCGGUUGUUGUUGGCGGCGACAAUGCUCUCCUUGACGAAGGCGGCGAGUUGAAAGCGGACGGCUUCUUCACGCGGCCCUGGUACAACUUCUUCUGUAAUCAGACCAUUUACGUCUUCUUUAACAUCUUCCAGACGCUCUACAACCGCCUGCUGGACAUCAAGGAAAGCCACGAGCUUGUUUCUCAAGCGAUUGAGCGUCUUAACAGACCCAAGCCAGCGAGGGACAUUGGCUUCACUGAGAACCACAUGACGUUCUUUGAGCCGACCGAUGACCCCGAGAUGUUUUGGCCCAAGACCGUGGAGCUGAUAGAGGAGUACAUCACCGGCGAGGUUGACGAGAACCGCUACCAGGAUGUGUUGCGCCACUACUACCUUAAGAACGGAUGGAAGCUGUACACUAUUCAGGAUCUCCUCAAGACGCUGUGCCGACUGGCUCUGACCUGCAGCAGCACUGAUGCCAAGGAGAAGACGCCCGACCUGAUCCAUCAGUAUCUGACUAGCCGGGAGAAGGAGGAGACCAGCUACCAGACGGAAAUCUCGGCGCGAAAGUUUGCAGAGAAGUGCGUUAAGGACGGCGACAUUUUUGUCAUUUGCUGGUUCCCACAAAAGAAUGAAGCGACGGUUCGUUGGCUGCAGCGCGACGAAACGACGUUUUACAUGGACGAGAUGCAGGUCCGCGAGCGUUGGCAAUAUUACAUCUCAUCAUUCAUCCGGGUUGAACCCACAGAGGGCAUCCCCCGCUCCAGACUGCAAAAGGUGGUCUUGACGAGAAAUCUGCCGUCCGGUGACACCGACUCCGAUUCAGACGAAGUCCCCAAGCCUCUGUCAUACAAUGAGAGUCUAACGACCAGCAUCUGUCUCAAGAGCUCGAAAAUGGUCUGGGGCCCCGGUACAUCCGAGUACUUCAUCUACGAUCAGUCCCCGAAGACGCAGGAGGAGCGGGAGCGCCGAGAAAAGUUCACAAAGGCGCUCAGCGCGCACCGCGAAAGUAAACUCGUUGAAAAGAUGGUGCAUAACCCCUCAUGGACCAAGGACAUGAGUCCCGAAGAAGUUCAGGAGCAGAAUAAGAACUUUCGCAAGUGGAUGGAUGAUGGGGUUGCGCCUCCGGGUGGGGACGUUGAGAUGGAUUAG